GAACCGAAAGAGCAAGCAACACCUUCAUUACAUUACCCAUGCCCGUCAAUGCUUCGCUCAAACCUCCCACCACCCCUGUCCUGGUGCUGCUGGGCCACCUUGCACCUUGCUGUAUUCCACUUGCUCCUCCUCUUGCUCCUCCCGUUCCUGUCCCUGUUCCCAUUCCCAUUCCCAUUCCUAUUCCUUCCCUGCUCCGUCCGCCCUUUAUCCUCUGUUCCUGGCUGACAACAAAUCUCUCAGCUCUCCACCGUGGAGGUCGUCUUGGGCCUUGUCUUCCCCAACCUUUGCCCUUCUUCCAUCUCCAAAACAACCAGCCCCCAUAUCAGCGUCCGAUCCAGUCAAUCAUUUUUCCUCGCUCAUAAUCGUCUAAUCUUGCAGUCCUAACUGGAAGCUUGCGUUUUGUUCGGGUG